AUGAAUCAAUUAUCUCUACCUAUUGAUAGUUUUUCGCUCAAUUUCACAAUAAAAGCUUGUGCCCAGUUGCAGAGUCGGAUCGUUAUUCAACAUUUCAUUUUGUUUGACGAAAUGCUGGUUAAGGAUGUCACAUCGUGGUCUACCACGAUAACAUCGUACGUUAAUAGAGGGAAUCCUGACCGUGGGUUAGCACUCUUUAGAGAUAUGAUGGCAUGUGAGGCUUUAAAACUUGACCAAGUCACUGUAGGAUCAGUUCUAUUGGGGUGUGCCCAUAUGGGUCCUCUUGGAGUUUUGGUUGGGAAAUCAGCCCAUGGGUGGUUUAUCACAAAGAAUGGGUGGGAGUUAAAUGUGGAACUUGUUAAUGUUUUGCUUGACAUGUAUGCCAAAUGCGGCUACAUGAAAAAUGCAUGCCAGGUCUUUGAACUGAUGCCAGAAAGGAAUAUUGUGACUUGGACUGCGUUGAUUUGUGGGUCGGCACAAAAUGGCUUCAGUAGGACUCCUAGUUAA